AUGCUAUCUUUCAUGGCUUUCUCCGCGAAUCUCUGCCGUGUGCCCACCUCACGCGCCGACAUCGCUUUUCCGGAAACUCUCACCAGAAUCCGGUGCCGGAAACCCUCCUCCAUCCGAUGCUCCGGCGACUCCCCUUCCGCGUCUGUGGGUUCCGAGUUCGACCCAAAGGUGUUUCGGAAGAACCUUACUCGGAGUAAGAAUUAUAACCGCAAAGGCUUUGGGUACAAGGAAGAAACCCUCCAACUCAUGAGUCGCGAGUACACCAGUGACAUCAUUAAGACUUUGAAGGAAAAUGGGAAUGAGUAUACAUGGGGUACUGUCACAGUGAAGCUGGCUGAAGCCUAUGGAUUCUGCUGGGGAGUUGAGAGGGCUGUUCAAAUUGCAUAUGAGGCCAGAAAACAGUUUCCUACUGAGACAAUUUGGCUUACCAAUGAAAUCAUCCACAAUCCUACCGUUGCUAAGCGGCUAGAGGAGAUGAAAGUGCAGAAUAUUCCUCUGGAAGAAGGUUCUAAACAAUUUGAUGUUGUCGACAGUGGUGAUGUAGUCAUAUUGCCGGCUUUUGGAGCAGCAGUGGAGGAGAUGUUGACUUUGAGCGAGAAAAAUGUUAGGAUAGUUGAUACAACUUGCCCAUGGGUUGCAAAGGUAUGGAAUUCUGUUGAAAAGCACAAGCAAGGAGAUUAUACCUCUGUAAUUCAUGGUAAAUAUGCCCAUGAGGAAACUGUGGCAACUGCUUCUUUUGCUGGCAAGUAUAUAAUUGUGAAGAAUAUGUCAGAGGCUGAAUAUGUUUGUGACUAUAUUCUCGGUGGUCAACUUAAUGGAUCCAGUUCAACCAAAGAAGCACUGUUAGAGAAAUUUAAAUUUGCUGUUUCCAAGGGAUUUGAUCCGGACAAGGACCUGAUAAAAUAUGGCAUCGCAAAUCAGACAACAAUGCUCAAGGGAGAGACAGAAGAGAUUGGGAAACUACUAGAGAGGACUAUGAUGCAAAAAUAUGGUGUGGAGAACAUCAAUGAGCACUUCAUGAGCUUCAACACAAUUUGUGAUGCUACACAGGAGCGACAAGAUGCUAUGUACAAACUUGUGGAGGAAGAUUUGGAUCUUAUAUUAGUAGUUGGUGGAUGGAACUCUAGCAAUACAUCACACCUACAAGAGAUAGCUGAGGAAUAUGGAAUCCCUUCUUAUUGGAUUGACAGUGAUCAAAGAAUUGGUCCAGGAAACAAAAUAGCAUACAAGUUGAAUCAUGGUGAGCUAGUGGAGAAAGAAAACUGGUUGCCUGAGGGUCCAAUAACAAUUGGUGUAACAUCUGGUGCAUCCACUCCAGACAAGGCUGUUGAAGAUGCGCUCAUCAAGGUUUUUGACUUGAAACGUAAUGAAGCAAUGCAAUUUGUGUAG